UUCAGGCAGAUCAAACACAUCGUCUGUGAGGGACACAGAGGGACCCGGGUGCCCACUCGCUGUGCCAAGCCUGCUAUUUUGGACAGUCGGGAUAAACGCAAAAAAUGGAGCCUGGCACGGCAAGCGCGUACGGGGCCUCGCUAGCCGGAGGAUCCUUCGACUUCAUGACAUUUAUAAAACAACCGCACACCAUGCUGCGUCUGCUGAGCUGGGUUUGUGCCGUCGUGGUAUUUGCCUGCAUCACGGCGGAGGGAUACAUUAACUCCAGCCACAGCAGUGAGCUGAUGUGCAUCUUCAAUGGGAAUGACGGGGUGUGUCACUUUGCCGUGGGCGUGGGCGUGCUGGCCUUCCUGGCCUGUGUGGCCUUCCUGGUGCUGGACGCCUACUUCCCCCAGAUCAGCAACGCCAAGGAGAGGAAGCAUAUCGUCAUGGCUGACCUCGCCUUCUCAGGUCUGUGGGCGGGGCUGUGGUUUGUGUGCUUCUGCCUCCUGGCCAAUCAGUGGUCGCUCUCGCAGACCAAUGAGGCGCUCCCAGCGUCCGCCGCCCGAGCCACCAUUGCCUUCUCCUUCUUCUCCGUCCCCGCCUGGGGGCUUCUGGCAGUCUUUGCCCUGAGGAGGUACCGGCAGGGCGUGAGUGACCGCAGUCAGAGCUACCCGGACGGGGUGCACGACCACAGCACCCCUGACCCCAGCGGGACAGAGGCCUUCCAGCAGCCCUCUUUCCUCCCGAACCCGGAGCCCCAGGGCGAGGGCGGGUACGGGCCCUCGGGCUUCUGAGAGGGAGGGGCUACGUCACGUCAUGUGAUAGGAGGGAAAAGGGAGGGGUUUAAAGCAGCCAAUGAGAACUCUGAUGUGAGGACAGGUCCUUGCACACCACUGUUUUUUUUUUUUUUAAUUGAACUUUGCUUGAGUAUUGUAAUCAUAUACACACACA